GCCACUGUGUGGUGAGAAUUUGGCAGGAUUGCAUUAAUUGUUCAUUCAUUGGAUGGUCCGUGACUCUGAGCAAAUAUGUGGAAUGUAUUUACAUUUAUUUUACACUUUUCUCCACAGCAAUUUAAUAUUAUACGGUCUACUACUUACAAUUAUUUAUCCAUUUAUCCUGCGUAGUCCAGUUUCCUACUGCAUGAUGUAGUCGUGAUCAUCAUGGCAGUAGCAACUGGCGACAUAAUGCCUACCUUUCAUGGGCAGGUCAUGGGUUCGAAUCCCCUACUGCAAGGCACUGACGUUUAAAACCUGCUCCGCUGUAUAAUAAAUGGGUGAAUCAAUGAGAAUGAGUUUUAUUGGCCAAGCGUGCUGAUGCACACAAGGAAGGAAUUACUGUGGUCUAGGUGUCUCCAGUAUUUACAGACAAAACAGCUGACACAGAAUAAAUAGAUAAAUACCAUAUAUAGAAACACGAGAGUAUAAAUAGUAGUAUAAAUACAAAUAAGUAAGAUUGAAUUACAAAACGAGAAUGUUGCACUGACAGCUUAGAAGAAGAGUGUCUGCUAAUGUUAUUGUUUGUGGAAGCGUUUCAUCAUCCCACCCAUUUUUUUAAAAAAAAAAAACAAAAAUGUGUAUUAUAUGGUGCCACCGAACCCUCCUGCUCUGCUUUCUUCGCUUAAUUCAUCUUUAAUAUCUUCAAAAGUUGUUCAAACCCAAUGCGAGGCACCUCCAGCGAAACGUUUCGCUUCGGGGCGGAUCGGGGGGCAGCGCGCGGGCUUUGCGGCAGCGGGGUCGCGCACGUAGCGCCCCCUGCGGACGGGAGCGCGGAGGGGCCGAGACGAGAGCCCUUCCUCCACAUGAUGAUGAUGCAAACGGCGCGGCCACGCCGUCACCCGGUUCCUGGAGGAGACGCUCAAGGUGGGAGGCUGCGUCACGUGCGCGCAGAUCGUGUCCGCGCGGGUUCGAGGAGCGUCCGCCGUGAGCGCGUUUAUCGCAGGCUGGGAGCUCGCGCUCCGACUCGCCCCUUGCUUCACCUGGCUGGGACGGCGAAGUGAAGAGUUUCCGAUCGAUCGGGGUAUGAAAGUGGGACUAAAAGGAGGGUACCUACAAGUUGGGAUGAUGACAAUGGUACAGUAACUCUCUGUAUGUGACCCUCUGCCGUGGAAAGCAAAAGGUGUUGUUGAUGAUUUAAAAUACAGUGAAAUGUCAUGAGAGAAAUCAGUGAAGCGCAGAGAACAGGAGUGAAUAAGUGAGAUGAGUGUAAGGAACGUCAGCACUGAUUAUAGUGUAAACGAGUGAGUCAUGUGCGUUUUAAAGGCUGCUGCAGUUCCUUUGUAACGGCCCAUUUUUGACCCGCAUGUACCUGCAGAAAAACUGGCUUUUUUGGAAGUUAAAGUGAAGCAGAGCUGUGGUGGAGUUACACACUCCAUUAGUGUGUGUGACUCCACCACAGCUUCCUUUUCAGCACAUCCAUCAUUCGAUCUGUGUGAAAGAUCUGUAAAUAUUUCUUAAAAUGUUUGCAAGUGUGAUAUUUAAAUUAGUUAUCACUACAGCACACGAGGAUGGUAUAGAACCAGCAAACUCCUGGACAGAUGACAUCACAAUAGUUGGUGUUGUAGUGAUUAGAGCCAGGGCCUUGCACUCAAGGGACCUGGGUUUGAGUCUCUGCUCCAGCUGCACUUCCCUUAAUCAAGCGGCCGGGCACGCGGAGCACCGCAGUAACGAGCUUCCCUGAUCCGCGUGACCAUGGCACCGCACCCCGUGAUCCAAGCCAUCAUCGACCUUUCUUCUGGAGCCAUAGGAGGCGCUGCCUGUGUGUUUAGCGGGCAGCCCCUGGACACAGCCAAGGUGAAGAUGCAGACCUUCCCCACCAUGUAUCGCGGCUUCCUGGACUGCUUCUGCACCACGUACCGGCAGGAGGGCCUGCGGGGUCUUUACCAGGGUACCACACCAGCGCUGAUGGCCAACAUUGCAGAGAAUGCGGUGCUCUUUAUGAGCUAUGGUUUCUGCCAGGAGGUGGUCCGUCUGGCGGGGGGGCUCCCGAGCGGAGCCGAUCUCAGCGAUGUCCAGAAAGCCUGCUCCGGCUCCGUGGCGUCUAUCUUCUCCUCGCUGGUGCUGUGUCCCACGGAGCUGGUCAAGUGCCGGCUGCAGGCCAUGCACGAGAUGGCUGCCUUGGGCAAAGUAGCCGAGGGCCAGAACACAGUGUGGUCCGUGGUGAAGACGGUGAUGCGCAAUGACGGCCUGCUGGGCUUCUACCAGGGCCUCACCACGACCAUUGCCAGGGAGCUGCCGGGCUACUUCUGUUUCUUCGGCGCCUAUGAGCUGUGCCGCUCUGGUUUCGCCAACUACAUGGGCACGAGCAAGGACGACAUAGGGGUGGUCCCGGUCAUGUUCAGCGGGGGCUUCGGUGGAGCCUGCUUGUGGCUGGUUGUGUACCCGAUGGACUGCGUCAAGUCGCGCAUCCAGGUGCUGUCCAUGGCCGGACGGCAGGCGGGCUUCAUCAAGACACUCGCGGGCGUCGUCCGCACCGAUGGUGUGCGUGCGCUGUACUCCGGCCUGACCCCCACCCUGAUCCGCACCUUCCCCGCCAACGGGGCGCUCUUCCUCGCCUACGAGGCCAGCCGCAAGCUGAUGAUGCGCCACUUCGACAGCUGACCACCUCCUCUUCCUCGACCAGAUGGGUUGCGUCAGUCAGCCUUUCAGCAUGGGGGGUGCUCCCCCCGCCCACACACACAUCUGUGCGUUAAUUCCUCUACCUUUCCAGGCAAUGCCUCACACUCCUACCGGCAGAUGGGAUCUUCCUCCUCUCUGCUGGUCACAUGGUCGAGCUGCUGUGAGCACUGAGCUCUUCAGCUUCAUACAGUUUUGACUCCUAUUCCUCUGUCUAAGGCUGAAGAGCAGGACCAAACACUGCUUUCACUUUCACAAUCUGUAAUAUGUACUAUUAAGUGAUUCCCCCGC